GAGAGCGUCCAGGCCAUGCUGGAGCUGGAGCAGAGAGCAGCAUCCACAGAUACUGACAGAAAGAGGAGGUGGAAGGACAGGAGGCUGAGGAUCUUCAAAGAUAAUUCUCUGCAGUAACAUCAUCCCAAAGCUCAUGGCUUCUUCUUGCUGCUCCUCGUUCAGGUAAAGAAGAGGAGACACAGGUGAAGAAACACACGGAUUCUUACCUGUGAUGAGAACACAGCACAGACACAGGAAGGCGAGCUGACAGACUGACAGACGGUGAAGCUUCAUUUCCUCCUCCGUGAUGGGUGAACCUCAGACCUUUGUGAAGCUGAGUGAAGAGAAGCUCAUUCCAAAGGCUGACAUCUUGUCUCUGCUGCGGACCUACAACUGCUACCAUGAGGGGAAAAACUUCCAGCUGAGGACACGAGAGGAGGAUGGGGAGCUCGUCCUCGAGGGAUUGCUGAACAUCUACUGGGGUCUACGUCGACCAAUCAGACUCCAGAUGCACGAUGACAACGAAAGAUUCCGUCUGAACAGAAAUGAUACAUUUGCUGUAACAUUAUCGGCAUCCAACAACAAUUCUCUGGACAGAGAAACUGAACCAGCUGUCCCUUCCCCAGGCGGUGCCAUGGGUUGUCAGGAGGAGGACGAGUCUCCUCAGCUGCUGAGGACCAGAAGUGACGCUUCCUUCAUGCGUGUCCAGAGAAGGCCAAAGACACACACUGCCAGGGACCUGCAGCGUCUGCGUACACAACGGUUCUCCAUCAACGGACACUUCUACAACCACAAGACAUCUGUGUUUACUCCGGCCUACGGCUCAGUCACUAACGUACGAGUAAACAGCUCAAUGACGACGAGACAAGUCCUCAACCUGCUGCUGCACAAGUUCAGGGUGGAAAACAAGAGCGAGGAGUUUGUCCUUUACAUGGUCCAUGAGUCUGGUGAGAGGACUUGUCUGAGGGAAGGUGAAUACCCACUGGUGGCCCGAGUGCUGUAUGGACCCUGUGAGAAAAUCUCCAAGCUCUUCAUCACAGAGACUGACCUGGGAGAGGAAGUGACAUAUGAUGUGGCCCAGUACAUUAAGUUUGAGAUCCCUGUCUUAGACAGCUUCGUGGAAAAGCUUAAAGAGGAGGAGGAGCGCGAGAUAAACAAACUGACCAAAAAAUACAGUGCUCUGAAGUCUAUGAUCCUUCACCAACUUGAAGACAAAGGUCACGCCAGCGACAUGGUUUAAUGUAUGUAUGUGUGUGUGUGUGUGUGUGUGUGUACUACAUACACAGCCCAAUCUACACUUAGACUUACAAAUGUACACUUUUGUAAAUGUUAUUGAAGUCACUGUACGACUGUUUUUGAUAAACCUGACUCACUGUUUUUACCUUUUGUAGACACAUGCUUUGAAAACAUAGUUAUUUAUACCAAGUGCAUUGUUUUAUUUCUGACCUUUCUUAUCUAAUAAAUAAGAUUUGAAGUACUGUGUGGGAUCCAUGCCAACAACAAAGAUCAAACCUUCGUCCUUCCCCCAAAUAUAACAACAACCUUAAUUAUUUCCUGCACUUCCACAGUGACCAUGUGAAGCUGAGACAAACAUUGUUCUUGUGACCCUCAGUGCCAGCUGGUUCCCAUGAGUAGUGUGCAUGUUUUUGUGUUUUGUAUGUGAAACGGAGACCUUCACUGGGAUGAUGUAUUUGACAACAAACUGAAAGAGAUGAGAAAGUCUUUCCACAUAUAUUUCUAAGAAUAAUAAUUCGUUUAAUUAGUCUGGUCACAUUUGGAAAAUCUCUCAAAAUCCUUCAUAUUUGAUGGUCUUCUUCAUGGACUUGAACUUAAGUUAAAUUUAAAUAUAAAGUUGUUAUUAUUAAUAUUGUAUUAUAUUCAUAAGACACUCAGAAGUCUCUCCACAGCAUAUUAAUCCCAGGUCUGUUUUCACUGAAUGACAGGAAAUCAUUGUGUGUUCAACAUCAGUGUGUUCCUGCCAAAAGCUUUUGUCUGUUUUUACUGUUUAGUCCUGUUAAACAGUGAAAAAAUCAAAUAGUACAAAUUGCUAUAUCAGCAAAUCUACUGCUUUUACUGUGCAAGAGGAAAAUAAUGUAAUAUACAACAUACAAAAACAUACAAAAUUAAAAGCAUAUUAAUUAUCAGUGUAAAAA